CCUCGACUUCAUACCGCCGACGGCUCCUCUCCACUUGGCUUGACGCCACGAUCAGCAGAUGAUGGGGAAAGGAUCAAGCUGAAAUUGCAGUGGCUGAGGUAUUGGCUCUCUGUUGGGGAAAAACGUUCAAAUGAUAUGCACCUUAUGACUGGGAGCUUCUUGAAUCUGGAGGGCAUCACCCCUGUUGAUGAUUCCAGAUAUAAUGCAGAGGAAAGCGACACACGUGCUGAUGUGGUGCCUGAGAUUGCUGAUGUUUGCUCCAAUGCUCCUGAACGAGAUGAUCCACCUGCAGGCCUUAUUAUCAGCAGGUCUUCUGGACCGGGUGCACUUUUGCAUCUUGGAAGGAAAAGAUCAUCAUGUACCUCAGUUGAACAUACAUGUUCUAGGCGCCUUAGUAGCAACAGUCAGAUGCCAGAUUUCACAGUUGUCCAAGGCAACAACCUCUCACUCCUUGGUCAAAUUGAUGCAGAUAUAGUGGAAGCGGAAUCUGAGUUUACUGAGGCUGAAGUGAGGAAAAGAUACCUGAAGCAUGUCGAGCCUCAGUUGUUGUCCAGAGGCCUCGUUCUCCCCGGGAAGCUGAGUCACAGUACAACAGCCUUUGUGCACCGCAGAACCCAAGAAAUUACUGGCCACAGGCCAAAAUACAUGAGCAUUCUCGAUGUUAUGGGACAUGAGAAAAGAAUGAAGGAGGAUGAAUGGCAUUUCUUCCUGAAGGAUAUGAUCAAGACAAGAGUGUACGUGGUUGAGAAUUGGAGCUCUUCCCUUUGCCGUGUCGUGUCUCUGACGUAUGAUUAUGGCAUCGUUAGUCCCGAUGAGGGUCCAGAUGUGGAAUUCUUCAAGGCGGAAUGUGACGCAGCCUACUGUGAGAAGAAGCAGCAGGCUGAGUUGUCAUUUUUUAUCUUUAAAGGAAAGCAGAUAAUUCAUUGUCAGGUUCAUCAUGAGGUGCCCUGCAGGUCUUCUGUGGUGGCAGAAUGCUAUGCGGCUGCUGCUUGUCUUAUAAAAGCCAAGGAACUUGGAAUAGAGAACCUCGUCAUAUACAUGGACUGCAAAGAUUCCCAUGGCGUUUUAAGUGGUGAGCGGAAUAUUAGACCUGAUGAUGUAAACAUGGGAGUUUUUCUGAUGUUGAAAAAACAUCAAAACGCCCUUGAAAGGGUGGUGCCUGUGUGGAAGGAGCGUGAGCUUAACCAACUCGCGGAUGAUCUUGUAACACUCGACCCGAGAACCACCCUUGAUCCUAUGUUCCCACAGCAAGCGAUGGAGAGAUGGAAGCAUCCCCUGGAGGGUUAUCCAGUGUUCAGAUAUAAGCAAAAAAACGAAGUUGAAACCAUCACCAGAGGAUUUGGUAUGUAUCUGCAGUUUCAUAUAGUUUCAAUAUAAGUGGUAGUUUGCAUCAUACAUGGUAGGUUAUAUGGUUCAUAGCUAUAAUCUGACAACCUGCUGUUCUGUUCACUUCAAUCCAAUGCUUGCAUCUCAUUGAUUAGAGCAUUUUUUAUACCCUACCACGCACCAUGGUCAAUUUUGGAGGAACAACAAGUGUUUCUAGUUUGAGCGCUUGCCAUUUGCUGCAUCAUCGACACGAAAUAACAAUAUUAUUAAACUGCAAAGCUUAUUUUCUUUCCAAAUCAGUGAUUAUAAUAAUUACUAUAACAUUUUAUGUAUUGUAGGAAUUAUAUGCUUCUUUUUAGAAAAUGAAUCAUUCUCCUCUUUAGGUAAUAAUUAGUUUGUUCAGCCUUCUGAAUUAAACCAAUUCAAGCUGUUCCUAUUUUUUGAUCAUUUAAAUGAGGCACUGCCAUGUGAAAAUAUGUAUUUGUUUUUGCUGCAAGUCUUCUCAACCAAGAAAACAGUACAAGCACAUAAAAUCCUACAAGAACGGAGCAUUGCAUUGACCAUAUUGUGUAAUUAUUAUAACCAAUAUCUCCAAGAAGCAAAAUAUUUCCUACUUACUCAUUGGGGUUAUAAAAUUUAUAUUGUUGGUAAAUUUGAUUGUUUGGCUGGCUUGCUCGAUGGGUUUGAUCCGGACGACCUGUAUGUGUCUGCCAUGAGUUUGCCAAAAAGCCCAAAGACCUCCAGUUGAAAUUUGAGGAGUUCUUUGAUGGACCGGGACGCGAUGUGGUUGGAGGAAUUACGUUCUUCCACAAGGGCAAGGAGAGUGAUACUAUGAAGAAGGACAAGGGAAGACGUCUCUCAGUUUGUUUUGAUGCCAAGCUCUGGGACGUAUCCUUCCACCACAAUCUGACGGUCGUCCUAUUUGCACCAGGAGAGGCUGAAACACUGGGGAGGCAACACAAUCUACGAAAACUCAGCGCACUGGAUGUCAUGAUGUGUCAUGUGUUGCCACAGCCUUGGGAUUAGAGAAAAGUCUUUGUAAUAUGCUAGCCACUGAAACUUGUUUUGGGAGCCUGUAGCAUGUCGUGCCGUGUGAUGGUCUCGAAGGCUAAGGGGUCUUUGGAUUGUGACUAUGUUUGCCAUAUUAUUUUUGCCACACUUGCCUAAGUAGCCUAACUUGAGUUAGCUUAAAUUGUUAGCCAUACUUUGGCUUGCCUAAUGGAAUCUUGCCAUAUUUUUUCUGUC